UCGAUCUGGAUCAUCAUGAUGGCUUUGCUGCUGCUACUCAUCGUCACCCUCCUCCACCAACACUUGGACUGCAGGUCAGUGCGUAGCAGGUCGCUGCGAAUGCUUCUUGCGUCGUUUGAUGUGCUUAUCCUGCACCACCAGAGCGUCGACCUCCUGCUGAUUGGUGAGUUUGUGGCAGCUACAGAAGCAGGGUAUCAUCGCCGACAUGAAGAUUUACGGCGACGCUCGAAUAACAUAGUUUUAUCUCGACACGUCUCCUCCUCCAGCAUCAGUCUACGGCGACGCUCGCAAAACAUAGUUUUAUCUGGACAUGUCUCCUCCUCCAGCGUCAGUCUUCAGGGUCGUCCAUCUCGGUCUUCUACCAGGACGGCAACCGUGUUGGAUGAUAACGAUAGACCCCAAGGGAACCAGCAUGAGUACUCUAUUCGUAGUGGUGGACAUGCUUGCGAAAAUCGCUGCAGCAGCGAAGAUCGAAGUACUGCCCGUAUGAAUACAAUUACCAAUACUCCUGUCAGUGAGGGGAAAACUCCCAACGCAAGGAGUAACAUUUUUCACUGUCCAUGCCGCCGCAGUCCGGCGAACAGUAGAAGGACAAAGCAAAGGAGAAAGCAAAGGCGAGAGAAAGGAGUGACUGACUUUUACCACGCGGAGGAGGAAGAGGAGGAGGAGGAGAACAGGGAGGAGGAGGGUGAUUUGAAGCUCCUUCGUAAUCGUGGGCUGAGACGGAAGUACGAAGGUUGGGGUCUUUCCUCGCCAAUACGGUCUACGUGGAACAUGAAUCUGCUCUACCCGCGCCCUCGGGUCAUUGAUUUCAGCAACAGGGCCUCAUACUCUUCUUCAAUCGACAGACUGCCAGUUGCAAUGGCGACGACAAAAUCUAGGCCAUCAACUGUGUACUUUUUUAAGGAGGACUCUACAGGUGCACUGAACUCCAGCAACACUGUGGUGAAAACCACUCCUUCGCUGCCCAGCAUAGAUUCCAGAAAAAGCUCCUUCAAGUUCACGACUGUGGCUGGACCUUGGGAAGGCGCUGAUAGAGUGCAAGGGAUCCUGGUGCUGAACCCCUACUCCCUGCUCGUGGCGGACAACAGUAUGGACCUGGUACGAAAGGUGGGCGUACUAUACGGAACCAACAGUGUUGGGGAGUUUGCAGGUCUUGAAAGACCUUUGGGGCUGGCAACGCAUCCCAAGCAGCAAACACUGUUCGUCUCAGGAGCGGACCGAAUCUGGGCGAUCCCUUUGGACCCCAGUUUGUCGUCGAUUAGCUCCCCGGAAGUCCUCACUGGUCCGCACACGUACUCCCUCAAUACGGGUCUCAAGGACAGCGCAAAUGCAUCAGAGGUUCGGGUUGACCACGCAUACAUUAACCCCAGAUCCAUCUCUUCGGAUGGGAUCGUGCUUUACGUAGCGGACCUCGGCAACAACUGUAUUCGCCGGGUGAGCACCGUCACCGGGGCCACGGAGACGGUUCUCACCCCACAAUUAGGCUCUUUGGACGGGGACUGGUAUCACGAGCCGUUCUCUCGCCCAGUCUCUCCUGUCCUCACAGCCGAUGGCUGUAAUAUGUUCUUCGGAGAAGACAGAAGGAGUGGAAGGGUGUGCUGGGUGACAUUCACAGAGCCCGGCGGAAGCGUGCGGCAGGUAACGACCAUCCUACGACUCCCGGGCUCCAAUAGAAUCCAAUGCCUGACCCUUUCUGGCGACGACCGGUUUCUAUAUGUCGGGACCUCCGUGUCCGUCAUAUUCAGAUAUACAAUAAACUCCUCCGCUCUGCAUAAAUGCCAGCAGAAAGGGACAUCAGUGCCAGCAAUCACAAUCACACCUACGACCGCAACAACGCCAUUGAUGCCCACAACUCCAACAGCACCAACUGCAGCUGCAGCAUGGGGAGCUUACUACGUUCCUCCUCGGAUUCUGGACCGCUACCUAGCUGCAUCGGAAACACCAACGUCGGGUGAAACGGCGAAGACAUCGCCUACAAACCGAGCGCCGGUUGAAGCGGCGGAGACAUCGCCUAGUACAAACCAAACGGUUGGAACAGCAGCUGCAUCGCCAACGACGCCAAGUGCUCCGCCUUCAGGAAGGAGCACAAACACAGACAUGGAACGUGCUGGUGCGAAGCCAAGGAGCGUAGAUCAUCCUGUUCCAGCGGCAGAUGACUCUGAGGCGGCGAAGCAAAACUCUUCACCAGCAGCGAAGGUGCCAUUUUAUCUGGGCAUGGGGUGCCUUGGGGGUCUUUUGGUGGGAGCCAUUGUUUUGUGUGCAGUUGGAAAGAAGCUUUCCAGAACAUGUACUUCCGAAGAAUCUUAUGUCAAAACGAAAUCAAGGGCGGACGAAGCUCAGAGCCCACAAACUGCACGGACAAACAUGGCAGAGGAGAAACUUUCUCCGCUGCAGUCUCGCUGGAUGUCUCUCCCUCGUGGAGCGUCUUCUGAUGCUACGCCCAAUUCUGCUGCUGAGGCUGAGUGGCAGGCAGGUGCUCAUCAAGAAGUGCUUUUUCUGGAACGAGCGUUAUCUGCGUCAUUAUUCCUAUCGAGGACAGGAGCAGUGUCGGAGAAACCUUGUACAGUCACCACAUCACACGGGGUCACAAGCAUAGGUGUGAGGAGUGAGUGGACUGGGGAAAGCCAAGCUUCCGAUGGACCCGUAAUCCUAGAAUCCAUGCCAGGGUUGACGAGAUUCACACUCUCGGAGUUGAGCUCGGCGACCGGAGAUUUUGGAGCCGAUCAUCUGCUCACAGGCAAAGGAGGGGGGUUCGGCGACGUGUACAGGGCUACUAUGAUGGUUGGACAGAAACCUGCAGAUGUGGCGAUUAAGGUCAUGAAAAAGGGAUUCGGCAAGGCCAACGCUCUCAGACGCAAGCAAUUUUCUGCAGAGCUGCAAACGCUGAGCGAGUUACGCCACAAACAUCUGUGCAAGCUGAUAGGGUAUUGCCUUGAAAAGAAUACCUGCAUGCUUGUGUACCCAUUUAUCCCCGGUGGUAGUCUCCACGAUCGACUGCACGAUCCUGCAUGGCCGAGCUUGGAUCUCGAUGAGCGAUUACUGAUCGCCAAGCAAAUGGCAACCGUUUUGCGAUACAUGCAUCAUGAAGUGGACCCUCCGAUCCUUCACCGCGACAUCAAGAGCCACAAUGUGAUGGUGCAGGGUCACGGAAGCAAGCUGAGUGUCAUCCUCAUCGACUUCGGACUUGCGAAACUGGUCAGCGAAGACGACGACGACUUGAUUGGGAUGAGCUUUCACAGUAGUGGUAGCAACCUAAUGCAGACGGUCAGUACGCUAACUGCUGCGGGCACUCCAGGGUACAUGGCGCCCGAGUACGUGAUACAGAGGAUGUUGACGACGAAGAAUGACGUGUAUGCGUUUGGCGUUGUUCUGUUGGAGCUGAUUACGGGGAGGAGGGCGGUCAUAAGGUCGACGCAUCAGCCACGUCAGAACACUUUUCUCGUGACAGAGUCUCGACAAUUCUUGCUUCACGACUGCAACCCGAUGAACUAUGAGCUGCUCGCUGGUUUCUUCGACCCCCGGCUGACGUCAACCUUUCAGUCCAGGGAGGAAUGGGAGGUCGUUUACUUCCUCGCAAUGUUCGCCAUGAGGUGCACGAAUGAUGCCCCACAGCUUAGGCCUACCAUGCAGGAUGCUGUGAACUGCAUCUGUUCACAGUGCAAGGCAGUACCCGUCUGAGUGUGUUCGCUUUCAAAUUGGUGGGGCAUACGAUUGCACUGGGGCCAUCAUGAUGGGCCCAUCACUGCAUAUCAAUUG